GUUUGAUAAGCUUCUGUGACAUGAGAACCGUCACAACAUAGGUUUACAUGGAUAUUAUAAAAUCUGAAAAUUUCAUUUGAUUUCGAAACAACAUAUUAUUUGUCGCUAAGACAUAAAUUGUAAUUUCCAUUUAGUUUGGCAUUCAUUUAAUCAUAAAAAAGUCUUCCUUGACUUGUUUGGUUUUAUUUAUUUUUUUGAAAUGGUAUUUUGGAUAAUUGUAUCCAUAUUCUACAAGUAUUAGUUGAAUUUAAAGGAAGCCCUCAUUAUUUCUAUUACAGACCAAUGAAUUACCCUUUAUGACAUGCUCCCUGCAUUUGUUGAAAAUGUACCCUCUUAAGGUCUAGUUAGUAUUCUGAGUAAGAUUUUGUCAAUCUCCUCAUGAUUCUGAAGUUUAAAUGGCGAAGUCGCAAUUAUGUCGGCUUUGUGCCUUGAAUAAAGAAAACCUUUUAUUAAUAAAUGGAGAAGAAGGUCUGAAAUUGUCCCUUGAAAAAAAAAUAGCAAAUUGUUUAAACCUCCAGAUAAGUGAAAAAACAAAUUGGCCAAAUACUAUAUGUAUUGAAUGCUGUUCAAAACUUGAUUCUUUUGAUCAAUUUUUAGAAGAAACAAAAAAUGCACAAAACACUUUAGGAAUACUUUUCUCUGAAAAUGAAAGUAGUGAAGAAGAAAUAUGUAAAAUAAGAGAAGAGGAGAAAAUUAAUGGUGAACAUGUUCUUUGUAAAGAGUCGUUUAUAAAUAACAGUAAUGAAGACAAAAUAUCUUUACAAGAAGCUCUUGAUGACAGUAAACUUCAUCCGUCAGAUGAAUUUACCGUGACUGAAUCAUCUUCUCAAAAGACUAUUAUAAAUGAAAGGACUGAAGACUGUGAUGACGAUCAAGAAAUAGGCUGCGACCCACAAACCUGGUUGUGCUGUGAUUGUUCAGAAGAGUUAACCAGUGUUGAAGAAUUACGUAAUCAUCACAAAUUUGAACAUAAACAGGACACAAAGUAUAUGUGUCUUUAUUGUUCGAAACUUUUUAUCCUUUAUGCGGCUUUUAUAGCUCAUUUGAAACGCCAUCAAAACAGCAUUAAAUAUAAUUGCCUAGAAUGUGGGAAAGGUUUUUCUAACAAGAAAGUAUUGGAUGCUCAUUCCUCUACUCAUUCAGAUGCUCGUCCAUAUGCUUGCCAAGAAUGUGGGAAGUCCUUCCGACAGCAAAGUGCUUUGUACAUACACAGUCGUUGCCAUCUUCCAGAUGAUAUAAAAAAUAAAUUUCCAUGCAGCUUAUGCAAUAAAAGAUUUUCUACUAAACCCAAUUUGGUUACUCAUAUGAGGAUACACUCAGGUGUUAAAAAUUAUACCUGUGAUCAAUGUGGUAAAAGUUUUAUCCAGAAAGGAAACUUGGAUGCUCAUUUACUUACUCAUUCUCACGAUAAACCAUUCUCCUGUGAGUUAUGCUGUAAAAGGUUUAAAACUGGAAUGCAGCUACGUAAACAUCAUUCAGUUCAUACAGGUGCUAAACCACACCAGUGCGAUGUAUGUGGGCGUACAUUUCGAGAAAAGGGUACUUUGAGAGAACACCACAGGAUUCACACUGGUGCUAUGCCUUUUACUUGUGAAUUUUGUGGUAAAGCUUUUCGGUUCAAGGGAAUUCUAACAACCCACAGACGACAGCAUACUGGUGAGCGUCCAUAUUCUUGUUUAGAAUGUCAACACCAUUUCACCAACUGGCCUAAUUAUAAUAAGCACAUGAAGCGAAGACAUGGCAUCAACACAAGUCGUACCUCAAGACUUAGUAGUGAUUAUCAAAUCACAUCGGGUCAGGCCUAUCAAGAAAUACAAACCAGCCCUGAUAUCUACCAGGCCCAACAGACACUAUCUCCGUACAUGUACAAUGUGUAUAGUCUUUCUCAGGUUCCGAUGGAUCCUCUCUCUCUAUAAUGAAUUUUUCUUUUAAAGAUUUUGUAUUUGUUUAAUUUAUUGUAGUUAUAACCUUCUCAUCUCAGGAUCUAAAGAUAAAUAUUACCUCCUGUUUGUUAUAUAGCCAGCUAUUGGUUUAAAUGAUAGUGAUAUAUAUGUAUUUUGUUAUGUAAUAAUGUAUAAUCUGUAUAUGAUUUUCUUAUUAUUUUAUUUAUAUUUUUUUUAGCAGUGCAGAUCACAAAAUCUUUGAUCAGGAUUUUAAAUGUAUUUAUCUACUUACAGAUGUAAUUUGUAUAACCCAAUCUCCAAAAUUGCUGUGACCAAUGUUUGUCAUGAUGUAUAGAAGGCCAAUUGGCACCUUAGAAAACAAUGCAGCACUUCUCCUCCCAAAGUUAUAUAUUCUUCUACUUUAAAGGUCUUAUGAUUCUGAUUAUAACAAUGGAAACAGUUAUGAUGAAGAUGAAAUUUCUGUAGGAAGCUAGGCAACAUGGGCCAAAAAUUUAUAUUCCGAUGCUCUAGAAAAUACCCAUUAUCAAUUGAGGGGCCAACAGAACUGCAAUCAGAAUUGUUCUUUUUAGGAAAAAUAUUUGAUGAUUUUAUAUAAGUUGGGAAUAGUUAGAUCUGUAUUUCAGUCCAAAAUUUUUUUUGGAAUUCGACUGUUCUGCUAAUAGUUUUGAUGCUCCCCUCCCCCAAGAGUUCUAAAAAUUAUUAUAAUGAACUAUAGUCCUAAAAUUGUUUGGAAAAAAAUAUAAGCCUGGCAAGUUGCACAAAUCAUGAUUUUAGUUUUUUGUAACUUUAUAUGGUAUUUUCAGUAAUUUAAACAACAGAACUAUUUUAAAAAUAAAAUAGGGAACUCUAGAACUUUUAAGGGACAAUCGGAACUCUAAAAAGAAUUUUGAUUUUGUGGAGGAGAGAAUUUUGAGAAAAUAAUCCUUUGUU